UAAGCAUGGCUCUUCCUUAUUGUAUACACGUGUGUACAAUCUUCUUGGUUAUGAUUUACAGUGCAGAUUCCUGCAUGGAACAAUACUCUGCGACUGGCGAUGAAAACGUGCAACUAUUUUUUUUUAAUUUUAAUUCGAAUGAUGGAAAAAUAACAUGCCAUAAUGAGAAGACAAUCAUCGGGGAUUGCAAUGUAUUGUUCGGGAUGAUAACAUGCUCCUUAAAACCAUCAAUUUCUGGCGUUUACGAAAUAAUUCCUAACGAGGACUUAACGUCGUUGAACAUAUCAAUACGUUCAUUCAAUGAAGAUAUGGCUGGGGAAUAUAGCUGUUUUAAAAAUGGCAUUCAGAGUAGUACGUCUAUCUGCAUCAAAACAGUGGUGAAUCUCACUUCAUUGGUACUACUUCCACAGACCGACGUCUCAUAUCCUGUAUACAAAGAACAAUCUGAGUUCAAAUGCACAACGUCGCCAAGUAGACCUAGUGCACGUAUUCAUUGGUUUGCAGCCGGACGUAACAUGACUGACAUGGCCAUCUAUACACAGAGCUCUGAAGGAGCGACCAGUAUUCUUAGAUAUACGCCGCAGGCAAUCACCAGCGAAGAUUUAAUAUGUACAGCAUAUUAUGUAUUCAAAUCAACAAAUAUAACAAUUCAAAGGCGGACAUACAUGACCAUUCAAUACCCUGUUUCAAGGUCUAUUAUUUCAAUAAAUAACAGCAAUGUUUCCGAAACAGCAUUAAUAAGGGAAGGAAGGUCGGCUGAGUUUAAAUGCUACGCCAGUUCAUAUCCACCUCCACGGUACCGCUGGUUCUACCCAGGAGGUACAUCGGAAGUUGCAACAGUGACAAUACAAUUUAACCAUACUGCAACUGGUGGGAAAAUGUCAUGCAACGCAACAAACAACUAUUAUUCCCUAAAUGGAACAGCAGGAACAAAGUCAACGACGUUAGAUAGGAUUAUUAAUUUGAAUAUUACAUUUCCUCCGUUAUUUGUCAGCAUAAAAAAUAUUGAAAACAAUACAACUAUGGCCGAAAACAUUAUCCGACUGGUUAAAGGAGAUUCAUUGCGAUUAAUCUGUGAAAGUGUCGCAAAUCCACCGGCUACAACCCUGUGGCAAGUAAAGCAUGUGAAUUCUAACAUUAUGACGGCAAUUAUUAUCCAAGAGGAUACACAAUGGACAUGUGUGGCAUUCAAUACCAUAGAUGGUGUGCCUGAACGAACGAACCGAACCAUAUAUUUCGAAGUAUUAUAUGGCCCUGUCCAUUUGAACCUCACGUACAACAUCUUUCCAGGCCAAUCCAAAAAUGGCAUUGUAUUAAACGAUGGAAAUAUAACUGUGAUAGAAGGCAGUGCAGUGCUGUUAAAGUGUUCUGAUUCAAGUUUGCCCCAUUCAAAAUAUUUCUGGGAUGAUGGACUCGAAGGAAGGAUUCGCAAUAUAUCGAAUAUUUCACGAACAACGAAGACGAGCUUCACGUGUAUGGCAAAGAAUAUAAUGACUACCACCUUUAAUGGAAAUGUUACUGGAAGAAAUAAUAUAUCACUGCAUCUGCAUGUAUUAUAUGGUCCGCGCGAUAUGUCAGUAUUAUUCAAUAAUAUGUUAGUGAUCAGCCGAGUAUUGCGGGUUCUCGAAGGCUGGUCAUUUGGACUCUCGUGCAUUGCGAAUAGCCUACCAGCAUCAGAUAUUUCAUGGAAAGGCAUUACAACCCAAGAAGGCGGAAAUUAUAUAUUUAUUAGCAACGUAAGCAUUGGGAUAAAUAAGAUUGUUACGUGUACAGGGACAAACACCAUGGUCGACAGUCUAGGACACAGUAUUUCCAAAUCAGAAAACCUAACAAUUGAACUGGAUGUUUUAUACCCGCCUAUCGUUCAGCCUAUUGACAAACAAUAUGUUGUAAUCAACAUGUCGCUUAAUGUUGUAUGCAAACUGGCAACAUUCGGCAAUCCACCAGAAACAAACUUCACUUGGACAAAACUGGACAGUAAUCGCACAUUCUUAAAUACAGGCGUUAUUUUAAAGAUCGAUCGUGUUCAGUUAUCAGAUGAAGGUGAUUACCAAUGCCAGGCAACAAAUACAAUGCAUGCAAUUGGAAACACAACAGUACAGGGAUCUAGUAAAUCCAAAUUCUACCUCGAUAUUCAGUAUGGGGCGAGAGUUAAACAAUUUUAUUCGAACACGUCAAAUAGCAGAACCAUUAUUAUCAAUCAGAAUCAAUCAAUCGAACUCUUCUGUGAAGUCGAUGGUGAUCCAUAUCCUAGUGUCUAUAUACUAAAUGCAACAGGUGAACAACCAUUAGAGCUUAACGGAUCAAUAGGGUCAUCUAAGAAUGUUACAUCUCAUCUUCAUCGGGCAAGAUGUGAAUAUGAUGCAGGGAUGUAUAAAUGUGUGACUAGCAAUGUGCACACUUCAACUCUGCAGGAGGAGAAUCUGUCUAUUUUGAUUCAAUGUUCUCCCAUAGCAUCUCCGUUUGCGCCCCCUGUUACAACUCUGCACAGGGCUCAUAACGACACAGCUGUGCUAACGUUCACCAUAAAGGCGUACCCAGAGCCAAGUGUAAUCAAUUUAACUUGGUUCAAGGGUGUAUCUGAUGGAUGGGAUAUUCUAUCUUAUGACUACUAGCAUUACAAGAUAAGCGUUUCGCAAGACGGUUUGCAUACUGAGUUAACAAUAAACAAUGUUCAGAAGGACGACUUUGGAACAUAUCGAGUGGACGUGUCGAAUACAAUCGGAUCCGUAUCUGAAGUAUUUACACUACAAGCCCAAACUAAACCUGAAAGCCCUCAAGAAGUGAAAGUGGUACGAAGAGGAAUUACUGAAAUAGACCUCGAAUGGGUACCUGGUUUUAAUGGCGGAUUACAACAAACGUUUAUAAUUAACUACACAGACACCAAUCUUGAAAUUGGAAUGCAAUACUUGUACCCGCAAAUAGAACAAAGCACACACUACGUGGAUUAAAGCCAGAGACCACUUACAAUGUGACACUACGAGCUGAAAAUAUAAUUGGAAACUCAAGUUGGACUGAUUAUAUUCAAAUAUCGACCUUAGCCGAAAUUGACGACAAAGGAUAUGUUUCAAAGGCUAUUGGUGGUUCUAUAGGUGGUAUGACAGUAACUUGUAUUAUCGUUGCCGUCAUGAUUAUAUUUUGGAGACGUAAGAUAAAAG